AUGAAGCGCACUAAUGCGGGUGAUCCGGUAAUGAUCAUACACCGACCAGCCAGACCUGCUCUCUCAUGUCGCCCCUGUAGGGAAAAGAAGCGGCGUUGUGACCGGAACAAGCCCUGCUCGAGCUGCUCACAGAGGGAUAUUCCCUGUGUGUAUGAAGAAAGGCAUCAAUUCGUCCAGAGGCCAGUGGAGAACGCCCCGGCACAAGUUGGUGCUGGCCCUACGCCCGCCGACUCGACCCCAUCUAGCAGCCUUUCCAUGGCACCCUCGGGGCACUCGGCCUUCGACUAUUCGGAUGUUCUUGGCCGAUUACAGAGAUUAGAAGAAGCUGUUUUCCCCACGCCAGGAAAUAUGCAUGGGGGCGAUUCUGCGAGCCACACCAUGCCAAAUUGUACGCCAUUAAGUUCUCACAACGCCAACACCGUGCCAUCCGGCUCUUUUUCCCGCUCAGAACACAUUGCACAACUGGUGGCGCAGCUCCCUCCGGUCAACCAGGCAAGGAAACUAUUUGACCAUUUCGCCUCCACGCUUCAACCAAGUUUGUGCAUUCUGCACAUCCCCUCCGCUCGGGAUAUAUUAGAGAAAACAUAUCGGAUCAUUCUUAGAGGCCAGGGGGAACACAAGAUUGAAGACUUGCUCUUGCUAUUUAGCAUCUUUGCCGGAGCAACACUAUCCUGGACCAAGCAGCUUCUCCAAGAGUUGAACGCAACCAAGCACAAUGCCAAGUAUGCCUUUGAGACGUACACCCACCUGGCCACGACGAUACUGGAUGAUACAAAUCAGCCUGUGACACCAUCGACAACAGCGCUAGCAGCAACAGCAACUCUUGCACAUAUUGUCAUCAACUCGGAUGAACCAUUCCCUGCCAAAGCCCUGGCCCUUCGUCUUCGUUGUCAUCUGAUGGCAAAAUCCAUGCUUCUGCAUCGUCUAGACACACCUUCAAGUACUAGGGAGCGCAUACUUGAAGGUGCCAACGCGAUAGAGGUCGAAAUUCAGCGUCGAGUAUGGUGGAGUAUGGUUGCUUCGGACUGGUUGAGUGCCUUCUCAGGAAGCUCUCAAGAAGGGGUCUACGCAUUUAUUCCAAGGCAAAUGCGAGUCAAUUACCCGAGCAAUGUCGAUGACGAAAUGAUGAAGCCGUUUGAUCCAAUCCCCAACUUUCCUUUGUCGACGCCAACAGGAAUGACCUGCUUUCUUCACCGCAUUAAACUAGCCGACCUCUGCCGAGAGAUUGUCGACACCAUACCACCCAUGAUGGACGAAUUCUUAGAGGCCGACUAUGAAGUGAUUCUGGGGUUGGAUAAAAAGCUCAAUGAUUUACUCACAAACCUCCCCAUCUUCUUUCGACUAGACCCUGAAAGCAUUCGACAGAGCCAGGACAUCUGCAGAGAGCGCCCUUAUAUCACCUGGCAAAGAAUCGUUCUUCAUUUCGGCCUGCAUGCUCGUAUUUGCCGACUUCACCGGUCCUACCACCUUGAAGGCUGGUGGAACCCCAAGUAUGCCUACUCACGCUCCGCAAGUGUGCACUCAGCCCAUCAAGUGUUGGAACUUCGACGCAUGAUGGAUGGUCCAACCGCUGCGGGUGGCUUCAGGGCCGAGAGGUUCUGGGUUGUUCUGCAACACGUCACCAUGGCUGCUGUCACUCUGGGGACAGAUCUAUCAUUCAACCCAGACGCCCCAGAUGCCCAAGCCCGGAAGGAAAAGAUCUUGGCGAUAUACAAGACAUUGGAAGGGUCUGAGAAGGACACACAUGGACUGAUAAAAGGGAUCAAGAAGAAGAUGCAGUUGAUCAUGGCCACUCUCCAGCCUCAACAACGACAAACCGAAAGCUUGGCAGUAGAAACCCCUUCGUCGUCGAUGAUACCUGAGUCACGAAACGUGGAACCGGGGGUUGCUCCUGUUUAUCCGUUUGGAAAUGCAGCAACGGGCCAUGCCGAGUCACCUGGAGAAGAGCAGUUGCACCAACUUUGGUCGGACUUCCUAGCUGCGGUGCCUGAUUUGCAGGACUUUGAAUGGACAUCUCUUCUGAACGAUUUAGACAUGGACUUGGAUAAUGAAUUGUAG